GGAGGACAAGCCGUCAGCAUGUUUAUCGUGUUUGAAUAAUUAAAUUACAUGUGAAAUUCUUCUGUGUCCACAUUCGCGUAUCCUAUAAAUUCAGUAUGUCACCAAAUCGAAGAAAUAAAGAAGGUUUACUCGCAAGAGUUAAUUUUCCGUUGUACGUAGUUAAAAUGAUAACAAAUCAUCAUAUACUUGUCGCAGGAGGAGGUGGCUCUUCGAAAACAGGCGUCGCCAAUGGUUUUGAAAUAUUUGAGUUAUCUCAUGAUGGAGAAAAGUAUGUUGCUGAAGAAGUUAUCCGUCAUGAAACAGGUCCAAGUGUAGUAAUGAACUGUGCGUCUUAUAAUAAUGGUAAACGGACCUUUUUGGUAGCUGGUCAGGAAAGCCAUUGCCAACUGUACACGGUAAACAUGAAGGUUGAAUAUGAAAAUGACGGAACAGUGCUGAAAGACCACAAAAAUGAAACAGUAAGUAGUAGAAAACGAAGUACUGAUCCACAUGAGAAGAUCCAAGAAAUAAAACCUACAAAAGAGAAAACUGACAGGAAUAGCAAUUCCUUCCAUCGACUCGUAUUUGAUAUUAAGCCAAAUGACAGCAUACAGACUGAUUUUGGUGAUGAUGAGCCAUUACAACGAGUUGUUCGAAUAAGUCUUUCUGGCAAACUUAUGGCUACAGGAGGCACUGAUGGCCACAUUCGUCUUUGGCAGUUUCCUUCAUUAAGAAAACACCUUGAUAUUGCUGCCCACAAGAAAGAAAUUGAUGACAUUGACUUCAGUCCAGAUGAAACAAUGGUAUUAAGUGUAUCGAAAGAUGGACUUGCUGUAAUUUGGAGUACACAGACAGGAAAGAAGCUGUCUGAACUAAAAUGGAAUGCACCAGAAAAUGUCAAAUAUCUAUACAAGAGAUGCAGGUUUGGAACAACUGAAGGAAACUCAAAAAAUAGCUGUUUGUUUACUCUAAGCAACCCUUUUGGAAAAGCUGGAAAGCUAAAGUCAUAUCUUCAAAAGUGGGAUCCAGCAGAGGCAUCACUCAAAAAGUCGUUUGAAUUUGAUGAAAGUCUUUCUGCACUUAGUGUGUCAGAUGAUGGCAAAUUUGUAGCAGUUGGAACUAUGUUCUCUGGUAGUGUGCACAUACAUAUUGCAUUCAGUUUGCAGCAAGUGCUGAAUGUGCAAGGUGUCCACAAUAUGUUCGUUACUGGCCUAGAAUUCCUCCCAAGUGACUGCUUAGGAGGAUAUGAAACAGCUGUUAUCAGUAUUUCUGUGGAUAACCGUGUCUGCAUACAUCAUGUUCCAUUUAGAAGUACAAUACCGUUAUGGCUGGCGGUCCUGCUCGUGGUAAUAACACUUGUUCUCACAUUCAUGCUUUGCAGUUUUUUGGGUCUCUGAUUUCAAGAAGAAAUAGCCCAAAAAGUUAUUUUAAAAUCUGAGACAAAGUUGCAACUGCCUGUUGCUAAGUUGUUGAAAUGAGUGAGAGACUACUGAACAUAAUUUUGUACAUAAAGCCUUUUUAUGGAAACUUUUUAUUGUUGAUGAACGCCAUUCGUAGUGAAAGGCUGCAGAAUUCUGUAGUUCCCUGUGGUCCAAGUACAAAAGAUGCUGUGGAGGAACUGAAAUAUUUCAUAUUGUAAGAAAGAUAUUUUUCAAGGCAGCAUUGGUGCUACAUUCCUGUGCUUGCUUGGUGGGAUGUACAUAUAGUGUGAAAUCUCAGUUAAUGAAGGCAAAGCUGUGAACAUCACUACUGUAGUGUUAUGCCAGGAAUUCUUGUAUCUUAACAGAUGGUGCACUUAAAUAAUCUGCAAUUUGCCUUUUAUUUCUGGUGUUUUGUUUUUAUUUUAUGAGCAAUAAUGCUGUAAUCACCAGUGUUAAGAUAUGCUGCUACAGAAACACUUUGUUAAUAAACAUGUAACAUAGUACUGAAUAAUACUGGCAGGUAGGAAAG